AUGUGGCUACUCGAGUCGGAUGGAGAUCUGCUCGCAGGUAAACGUGUCUGGCUGAAGCCGGGGAAGAAAUAUCUCUUCGGUCGCAUCAAGUCAGAAGGAGUCCGCCAUGUCAUUCAACAUCAGUCGAUAUCGAGAAAGCAUUUGGUGAUCGAGGUUGCGUCAGUACAACCCGGCGACGGAGCGCACGUACAUAAGAAAUCAAAGCUUAUAGUGACCGAUCAAGGAUCAAAAUGUGGUACGACCAUCGACGGUGUGCAGAUUAAAGGGUCAAGCUCAGUUCUUACGGAGGAUGAACAUGCGAUUCAACUGGGAAAAUAUCCACAAGCACUCAAGAUAAAAUGGUAUCCGGUCGUACUCAGUUUCUCCUUUUCGACGAAAGAGCUCAAAGCUAAAGAUCCCCUCGGACCUGUGCGAAAUCGUCUCGAAGAACUCGAUAUUAAAACCAUAAUACCCUACGUCGAAAAGACUACGCAUGUCGUUCAAAACAAGAGAAAUACUGCCAAGGGGUUGCAGGCUUUGAUCAACGCCAAGUAUAUCGUCAGUGAUUCGUACCUCGAUGCGUUGGUCUACGCUGCUACACCAGGUGACUUGGAGGCCACAGAAUCUCUUUCACCGUUGGAGAUCGAUUUUGAUGCACACUGGCCUGAUGCUAACCAGCACCUUCCUCCGGCUGGCAAAGAGCCGGUACGGAGACCGGCCGAAGCCUUUGCUCCAAAUACGGACCGAGUUCGGGUCUUUGAGGGAUAUACGUUCGUCUUUUGCGAUGCCAGCCAGUUUGAAAAUCUAUCGCAGCCAAUCAAUAACGGUCAUGGGAAAUCGCUGCUUUUCAACGUACAAAAUGGAGAAACAACUGCGGAAGAGCUGCUGCAAUUCAUACGGAGCGCUGGAGGAGAGAAGGGCAUUGACAAUCAACGUGAUGGUGAAGGCGGAGUUGUUUUAGUCAGAUUCAGGGCUAAAGGAUAUGAAGAUUGGUCCAUCGAAUUGGGCAAUCAGGUUGCGUUGAGAAUGGAUCAACGUGUCAUCGAGCAAAGCGAGUUUCUCGAUGCAAUUCUCAAUGUUGACGCCACAUCGCUAUGCCGUCCCCUACCCCAUGAAGAGUCGUCCGGUCUCUACGAGCCUGCGAAAAGAGGAAAUGCUCGACAAGGCGUGGUGGAGGAUGUUUCAGGCCCUGAAGUCGACGCAUCUCAAGGAGUCGCUACACAACAGGAAGAUACCACGAUGAUGGAAACACAGACACAAAGCAAACGUUCAGCUCGAUCACAAAGCCGGCCAUUCGUCAGUAGGAUGAAGAAGUUUGAUGAUGGAUUCGAUAUGGAAGCCGUGCCAGCCUACCUCUCUGAUCCGAUUGAUGCUGCUGAGGACACCUCCGAGCCUUUUCCCAACAACUCCCCUGGACCGUCCCGGCAGCCAUCUGCAUCGUCAAUAAGAGUCGAAGAACAAGAGGAAGAAGAUGACAUGGCCGGGCUUCUCCCGGGGGCGAGUGCAAUGAAGCGCCGAAGGGUGGAAAGCGGUUCUCGCUCACUCCGUGAACAGGGAGUCAAGGAAGAAGCACCGAAACCAAAACGACAGAAAGUGGACGUUAUCGCAGAAGCUCGUCGCCAUCGUGAAGAAGAGGAGGCCGCUGCGCAAGAACGAAAGCAAGAGGCAGAUAUUACGUUUCAGGAGGCCAUCGAAGGAAUGACGGUUGAGGAUAUGAAGAAGCUUGUCAUUGUCGAGGAAUACGAGAUUCCCUUACACGAAAAGGAAUCUGUGAUAGUUGACAAGACUGAUCGGUGGGAUGAGCGUUGGAAUGGUCGCAAGAAUUUCAAGAAAUUCCGCCGAAAGGGAGAUCAGUCCGUCGCUAGAUCUCGCAUUCAAGCGGUUAUUAUACCUUUGGACGAAGUCAAGCGUAGGGAGUACGGAGUUGGUGACCACUAUUGGGGGAGUAAUGAGCGAGAAGACAGUCCAGAACCAAUUUUUAGUCGAACAAGUCAGCAACAGACUACCCAGAAAUCUUCCAGUCGCACCGGAAGUCAAGUCUCUAUGGCCAUAUCAGAGGAGCCAGCAACUGCUUCCUCAGUCAAUCGUGCGCGCUCCGAAGUCUCGCGUAUCUCAGCAACACCCACAACGCAACCAAGUCUACGCGCUGGCCAAAAGAGGACGAGAGAGACUCGACCCAAGAGCGACGACGAAGAAGGCCACAGUGAUGAUGAUGAGGAACUACGAUUCAAGUUCCGUAGGAGGCGGAAGUAG